GCUGACAUCAAGCAGACAAAGAAGACCCGUGAGAUGGAGCUCGCACUUCGGAUCGCGACGACACGGGAAAGACUCCUCUGGGUGGCGGCGUACUAUGCCUUCGUGGGGGGUGUGUCCCUGGCUCGGAGUGCCACCCUGCGAUGGCAGGGGGUUAGGCUGCACUGGGACAAUGCCUUCUUGCCCUUGAACAUUACGUUCUUCUGCAUGCCGCCCUUCCUCUUCACCUACCAACUAGAUCUGGCAUUAGCACCGGCAGAGCUCUGGGGGCUGCAGGUUGGCGGAAAGGCCAACCGCAUUGCGGAGGAAGCGCUGGCAAUUCGAGAAGGGCGCAGACAUCGAUGGUUCAGCUGCCCCUACUUGCCGGAAGUAGAC